CCCAUUAUUUAAAGUUUUGUUAUUUGGCCUCGGGGCACCGAAACCUCAAAGCUAUCCCAUUCUAACGGUUUUCAGUGACUCAACAUGAUGUUGCCGCUUGUCCUUCAUGUGCCCUUUAAACCAGGAAUGUAAACAAGCGAUUAAAGUCUGCAAAGUUCCCACGAUUCCUCGCAUACCCGAGACACGCACAGAACUUCCCCAUUAGCAUAUCUGGCAUACCUGAGUCUGACAGAAAACCCAGCCGGCCUACACACAAGAGUCUCACGGAGAACCACACCUGCUCCUAACGCACUUAAAAUAACAGUACCACCCCUCACUGUUUCUAUUAAUGCAUAUCUGAAGAAACCUACAGCUUACAAUGCAAAAAGACUUCACAACCCAAUCAUGUUUGAAUCUGCUCAAAAUAAACAAGAAAAUCCCAAAAGAUGGAAUAAAUAUGGUGAUUCACUUUUUGGAGCAGCUUUCUUCGUUACAGAAAGUUGCGAUGUUUUUUGUUGUUGGAGGUUUGUGAUGCAACGGCAGGUAAUUCCCGGCAAAUUAGCUCAUGUCAUGAUGUUCUACCGACGCAUGAUGAGAAUCGUUCCAUUCACAAAUGUGGAAAAACAGCAAUCACAACAUUUCUGAGCUCAAAGGGAUCCGCCCACGGCGCUUAUGUGGCUCUGAACCACACGGUGACGUUUAGCUCAGAAGUUAUUUGAGGAAGAUGAGGUGACUCACCUGCACUGGAUCUCACCUGGACGGCAAGUCUUCACUGCCAUUUCCCUGAAACACAGCGUGCUACUAGGAUUUCCUACAUCUCAGCAAACUUUCAAAAACUCAAGCCUUUGAAAAGUGCAUGAAGUCAAGCGCAAAAACAGUAAACAGGUGAUCAUCAAGUGAAUACUCUCAGUAGAAAUUUCCAUUAGGAGAAGAUCGAUUUAAUAUCUCCCAUGAUGGCAGAACACGGUGAUCCUUGCAAUGAGUCAGAAGCCAGCUUUUGCAUGAAUGGAGGAACAUGCUUUAAAAUACACUCGGUGUCUACUCCCACGUGUGUCUGCAGUGCGAACUAUGAGGGCAGCAGAUGUGAGCAGUUCCAGCUGUUCAGUUUCUCUCGGGACAGUGAGGAGAAGGGCAUGAUCGCCGCCGUGGCCAUCAUCGCCCUCCUCAUCCUAGUGGUGCUCGGUGUGGUCAUCUACUACAUCUGCAAAAUAAAGAGAAACGGCCGAAGUCAACCAAAACCUGAGGCAUACUGGAGAGUCCAAUCAAACAGUCAGCAGGUGUGACUUUUAAACCACAUUUGAAAGAGGCUUUUAUGUUGUGGACAACUCCAUUAUGAUUGAUGACAACUUUACCUUGUAUCAUCCCCCCCACCCCGUGGAGGUCUUGGACUCAAUUUUAAAAUUUGUCAAUUGCACAGUAGCUCAACUUGUCAGCUACUCUCAAAAAUAUGUUUCUUAAUGUUCAUGGAUUUUGUAAAUAGUUCUGUCAAUUAAAACGCCUUGAUUUAAAUAUGAGAAAAGGAUGGAGAUUAUUUACAAGCAAACUGCUGCCAUAUCAGAUGUUCAAUGGAAAGCAAUACAUUUCAAAAUGAGCAUCCUUAGCAUAGAUUUUAAUUUUUAUUUGAUAUAAUUUUUACACUGUGUUGUUUUUGUUUUGGCUAAAACUUUGAUUAUACUCAUGUAUUUUUUAUUUCUAUUGGAUUACUGGAAUAACUUCACAUAGUUGAAAUGUUUUACCAUUAAAUAUACGUAACAACAACAUGCUCAAUCAUUAAUACACACCACCGGACUGGACAUCAUUUGCCUAAUCAUUUGGAAUCAUUUUAUAUAAUACACUGGGACCAUAUUUAUAAAAAAAUGUUUCAAUUUUUUUCAAAAUCAGACAUUUGUUCACGUUAUAUACAGUUGUGUGUUACUAUUUCUGCUGUAUGUGUACCGUUUACAAUAUGCAUGCUUUCUGUAUGUUUAAUACCUAGAUGAACUACUGUAUGUCUUAAUGUGUAUUAUACAACAGAGCACACUUCAUGUAUAAAGU